GUCGAACGCCUAGCAGCCCUCGGCUGGGGUGAAGAGAUCAAAGAAAUGGAUAAUGAGACUGUCCUGCGCCGUCACAAGUUGGUUUGGCAAGUCAAGCCACUUACGGAUCGAAGUAGGUCUUGCUUUCUGACCAAUUUUGAGGCUAAUAGUGUUGGCACCUCUUGUCUAGUCUGGUCCGCAAUAGAACCAGCUAUGAUUGAGUUGAUGGAAUCACUUAAAGCCAAAAGGCUCGAUGGAUGCUAUUGAAAGCAGGUCUCGUUUAUUCGGAGGACCCGAUGUACAUUACCUUUUCCUCCGAAUCCCAUCUGGUGAUGCCCAAUUUCGCAGAUAUUGCUCUCAGCUCACUUUCUCCGGCCUUAUAUUCAACAAACUACAUGAUGAAGAGGUAUCUUGCUGAGCCCCCGACGCACACCGAAGAAAUUGUUGCAGAUUGGCAGGAGACUAAGGCUUCCGAACUUCAAACUCUACUCGUAAUUCGAAUGUCAGUUGCAAUCUUCAAGGACCUGGCGGUUUUGGUCUUCGACUGCUCGACAUAUAGUUUUCAACUAAGAUAUCCUCGUGUUCUUAUGCACAGUUGUCAUCCAGAGGACUGGCGGUUCCCCACUGGCACUAUUACCGAGUACGAAAUGGUCUGGCGCACUGUUCUGUAUCAGGAGCCAUGGUCUGUCAGAAAUUUGCGUAUCUCGUCAUCCAGUGUCGAAAACGCUAGAGCUGUAGUGCGUGUAUGCCAGAUACGGCAACGUCUAACCGUAGUCCUGGCUUGCACGUGCUUCCAGAAUCAGUUCCUGUACACCUCUGUGGAAGGCCAAGUCCUCCGAAGGAGAAAUAGUUUUCCGAGUCAAAAGUUUCCUUAGAUACAUUUCAAUCUACCGGAAAUCUUUGGUUCCGAACGGAUGGAUCAUGUGUGCGCGGGUCUGAAGAUAUGGAAUAAGGCUAGUCUACUAGGAAGUAGCA